AUAGAUUUUUCACCUCAGUUUUUUCUUAGUUUUCUUACAUAAGAAAAAUAUCAAUCAUGAGUAACUUUGAAGAGAAAAAGCCACAUGCAGUGUUAACUCCAUUUCCAGUUCAAGGCCAUAUCAAUGCAUUGUUGAAAAUAGCAAAACUGCUUCACCUUAGAGGCUUUCACAUAACCUUUGUUAACACUGAAUACAAUCACAAACGUUUGCUCAAAUCAAGAGGUGAAAAUGCCUUUGAUGGUUUCACUGACUUUAACUUUGAGACUAUACCAGAUGGUUUAACUCCAAAGGAUGGUAAUGGUGAUGUAAGUCAAGACCUACACUCUCUUGGUGAAUCAAUCAUAACGAACUUUCGCCACUUCUUUGAUGAACUUCUUGCUAAACUUCAAGACUCUGCCACUGCUGGUCUUAUCCCCCCAGUCACUUGCUUAGUUUCUGAUUGCUACAUGCCAUUUACAGUAGAUGCUGCUGAAGAACAUGCCCUCCCAAUUGUUCUUUUUUCCCCAUGUAGUGCAUGUUAUUUCUUGUCUUGUUUGCUCAGUCCUAAAAUGUAUCUGAAUAGUCAAGUACCAUUCAAAGAUGAGAGUGAUCUAACAAAUGAAUAUUUGGACACAAAAAUUGACUGGAUCCCAGGUUUGAAAAACUUCAGAUUGAAGGAUCUUCCUAGGUUAAUAAAGACAAAAAAUCCUAAUGACUUGACGAUAAGAUUUAAUACUGAAGUGGCAGAUAAAUGUCAUAGAGCUUCUGGUAUGGUAUUCAAUACUUCUAAUGAACUUGAGAGUGAUGUUAUGAAUGCUUUCUAUUCUAUGUUCCCUUCUCUAUACACAAUUGGUCCAUUAGCUUCUUUUGUAAAUCAAAGUCCACAAAAUGACUUGACAUCUUUAGACUCUAAUCUUUGGAAAGAAGAUACUAAAUGUCUUGAAUGGAUUGAAUCAAAAGAACCAAGAUCUGUUGUUUAUGUAAAUUUUGGCAGCAUCACUGUUAUGUCUCGAGAGAAGCUCGUAGAGUUUGCUUGGGGUUUGGCCAACAGCAAAAAACCCUUUUUGUGGAUCAUUAGGCCUGAUCUUGUCAUUGGUGGCUCGGUGGUUUUCUCAUCUGAUUUUUUGAAAGAAAUUUCAGAUAGAGGACUAAUAGCAAGUUGGUGUCCACAAGAGAAAGUAUUGAACCACCUUUCAGUCGGUGGAUUCUUGACUCAUUGCGGAUGGAACUCAACCACUGAAAGCAUAUGUGCUGGAGUUCCAAUGUUAUGUUGGCCAUUUUUUUCGGAUCAGCCAGCAAACUGCAGAUAUAUUUGCAAUGAAUGGGAGAUUGGAAAGGAAAUCGAUACUAAUGUAAAGAGGGAGGAGGUGGAGAAACUGGUCAAUGAAUUGAUGUCCGGAGAUAAAGGAAAGAAGAUGAGGCAAAAAGCCAUUGAGCUGAAGAAGAAGGUGGAGGUGGACACGAGACCUGGAGGUUGUUCAUACACAAACUUGGAGAAAGUGAUUAAGGAGGUGUUGCUUAAACAAAAUCAAGCUUAAGUCACUUUUAUACAAUAUAUAUAGUUUUGUUAGGAACAAAUAAUUCAUAUUUUAGGUCUUCCUAUGUUCUUAAGUAUGAACAUCAACAAUUUAGUCAGAAACAUUGUAAUGAUGCAUUCUUGUUCAUCAAGUUCAUUCUUCAUAAAUAAAGAUCACAUACCUUUAUUUUUCCCCUUCAAA